UUCCGCCCGCCCCUGCCCGCGCCCCGCCUCCUCGGCUGCCCGCCCCGCCGCGCCGCGCCCGCAGUUCCUCGCUCUCUAGCGCCUCCGCUGGACGGGAAGAGCCACAGCCCGGAGGGUCUAGGGGGGCCGGGCGGAGCCUAGCUUGGGUGGUGGGCGUGGUUUGGUAGGACGGGGUUGAGUUGGCUCCACCCUGGAGGGAUCGCCCUGCCGGGUUCACAGGCGUUAUGGCCGGAAGUACUGUGGAAAUUGUUUUUCUCAAAAGUCUCUUCUCACCCCAGCCCUACGUGAGAUUGUGGUGUGUGCACGUUAAUCGCUGACUUCUCAAACUAAGGCUUAAUGAUAAUGAGCUCCAGACUCGGGCCCUACAUUCACCUUGGUCCUUGUGGUGAAACCCAUGGACACCUGCUACUGAACUCUGAGCAUGUUUUGGUCUAGGUUACCUUGGUGCUUGCUACGUCAAUUUUUUUUCUUCCGUGAAUGAUGUAAUAGUAUUGCAUCGCGUUCAUGUUUGACCACAAAACUGAUGGUGGCCUGUCAUCAUCUCUGACAAGCCAAGGGACUCAUCACACCCAGCAUCCUGUGGAUGGGAGGAGUUCGUGGCUCGGGCACUGGGGCAAGCAGGAAGAGCCUCAUAGAGGAAGGGGGAGUCCCCCCCCCCACCUGGGAGGGGCCCCCAACAGGCUGCUGAAGCUGAGACUGAGGAGGAAGUGAGAAGAGGAGGUGAGGUGCAGCAAGGAGCCUGUGACACUGGGGUCUAGGGCACAAUGGCCCAGGCCCUGGGGGAGGACCUGGUGUUGCCAUCAGAGCUACAGGAUGAUUCUAGCUCUCUAGGGUCUGACUCGGAGCUGAGUGGGCCCAGUCCAUAUCGCCAGGCUGACCGCUAUGGCUUCAUUGGGGGCAACUCAGCAGAACUGGGCUCCUGGGCCACAGAUCCCUUUGAAGGACUCCUCAGUGGUCCCCAGUGUCUCAGAACGGGAAGGCAUGUGUUGCAAGGAAUGCUAUGUUGUGUGUGCCUCCAGGCCUGGCCAACCCCCAGCAGACCUCAUCCGCCAGCGGGAGAUGAAGUGGGUGGAGAUGACCUCACACUGGGAGAAGACCAUGUCUCGAAGAUACAAGAAGGUAAAGAUGCAAUGCCGGAAGGGCAUCCCCUCAGCCCUGCGGGCCCGGUGCUGGCCCCUGCUGUGCGGGGCCCAGAUGUGCCAGAAGAACAACCCUGGCACCUAUCAGGAGUUGGCAGUGGCCCCUGGAGACCCGCAGUGGAUGGAGACCAUUGGCAGGGACUUGCACCGCCAGUUUCCUCUGCACGAGAUGUUUGUGUCACCCCAGGGACAUGGCGGGGGCUGCUGCAGGUUCUCAAGGCCUACACUCUGUACCGGCCAGAACAGGGCUAUUGCCAGGCUCAGGGCCCUGUAGCUGCUGUGCUGCUCAUGCAUCUGCCCCCAGAGGAAGCCUUCUGGUGCUUGGUGCAGAUCUGCGAGGUCUACCUCCCUGGCUACUAUGGGCCCCACAUGGAAGCAGUGCAGCUGGAUGCUGAAGUAUUCAUGGCCCUUCUGCGGCGGCUGCUCCCACGUGUAUACAAGCACCUGCAGCAGGUGGGCGUUGGACCCCUGCUCUACCUGCCCGAGUGGUUCCUGUGUCUCUUCACCCGCUCGCUGCCCUUCCCCACGGUGCUGCGCAUCUGGGAUGCCUUCCUCAGUGAGGGUGCCAAGGUACUGUUCCGUGUGGGGCUGACACUGAUGCGCCUGGCACUGGGCACUGUAGAACAGCGCACAGCAUGCCCAGGGCUCUUGGAGACACUGGGGGCCCUUCGAGCCAUCCCCACCUCCCAGCUUCAGGAAGAGGCCUUCAUGUCCCAGGUCCACAGUGUAGCCCUGUCUGAGAGAGAUCUGCAACGAGAAAUCAGGAUCCAGUUGGCCCAUCUGCCCAAGUCAUCACCUGGGCCAGCACCUCUGCCACAGGCCCGCCUUCCUGGGGCCCAAGCCAUCUUUGAGUCCCAGCAGCUGGCAGGGGUUCGAGGAAGCACCAAACCUGAGAUACCUCGAAUAGUGGUGCAGCCCCCAGAGGAGCCCAGGCCACCACGGCGCAAGCCACAGACCCGUGGCAAGACUUUCCAUGGGCUCCUGACAAGGUCCCGGGGACCCCCUAUUGAGGGUCCCUCUAGGUCCCACCGAGGCUCUGCCUCUUUCCUGGACACCCGCUUCUGAGUGUGCAGUGUGUGCUUAGUGCCACCAUAUCUUAAUCAUCUGAACAGCCAUGCCAGCCCCAGAAUGUGUAUUGCACUUUACAUCUGAGCUGCAUGACUCUGCUCUGUUCCCAGCAAGGACCACCUAAAAGAGGGGAGUAACUCCCCACUUUAAGGACUGUGUCAGUCACAAAGAUAAAGGAAGGUCACUGAGUGGAGCUUGUGGGGAGUUGUCUGGUACCUGCCAUUGCCAGCAUCAAAGCCAGCACUGAAGGAGUGAGGGGGUGAUGCUUCUGGCUGGGAUACAGUAUCCCCAUGGGCUUCUUGUUGGGGAACACCAAAUAAAGCCUGGCUGAGAAGAUACUGGA